GUGGCAGCAGCAACAACACGAGCAAUAGACCGGUCUGUGUGUGUUUAGUGUAUAGAAGAUGCCGCAAAGAUCUCUGGGUAUACAGAGGGAGCCAUAUUUUUCCAAUAUCAGUUACGCGAAAAGAGCGCACGUAUAGCAUUCGCGGGAUGGGAAUGGGAUAUUAUUUUAUCGGCUCUUGGCACUGCGAUUGUCGGUAGAACGCGUGUAACAGCAGCGAGGCCCGCAGUGGCCUUGACGCGAUUAUAAUAAUAUUAACCAAGGUGCCCCAUGUAUAUUCAACACUAAAUAACACUAUUAUCAUUAUUUUUAAAUCGUUUUUUAAAAAAUAUCUGUGCUGUGUUUUAAUACGUUAACGCAUUGUGAAUAUUAUUCUCAUCUACCGGAUUCAACUUCAUAUAUUAUACAUACGUAUGUAUAUAUACAUAUACGAGUAUACAUAUGAGCACAUAUAUGUAUAUGUUUAGUAAAAAAAGUGUGUGUUCGUAUAAUAUAAUAUAAAAAAAAAAAUAAAAUAUUAAAAAGAGGAUAACAAAUAAAAAAGUUGUAGCGCUGUUGGCCCGCGCAGGUGUUGGUUUGUACGACAGUUAGUUGAAACUUGAUAAAAAUUUAAACCCGUAAUAAUUAACUGGAGAGAUAUAUAUAUGUAUAUAUAUAUAUAUAUACAUAUAUAAUUAUUUUGUUAUAGGUGACGGCGACGAAGACUAAGACGACUGAGACUGAGACGACUCAUUACUUAUUCUAGUUUAAUACUUGUGAGACAGGGUGCUACUGAUAUAUAUAUUUAUAUAUAUAUAUACAUACACACAUAUAUAUAUAUAUAUUUAUAUAUAUAUGUAGAAAUUCAUGUGGAGAUAGUAGAUGUAGAUGUAGAUGUUGAGAAGUUGAGUGGAAUAGAGAUGGUUGUGUCGGUGGUAGUUGUGUGAUAUGCUAGUGUAGUGACGAUGACACAGACGUCAUAACACCACGACAAUUUCUUCGUCUGUGAGUUUUUUUUUGUUUGUUAAUUUAUUUUUUUAAAAAUUCAUUAUUAUUAAAACGUUUAUCUCGUGCGGUGAUGUCUGUAUUUAUAAGAGAGUGUUUUAAGUUCGGAGUACCUCAGAGUAAAGUAAAGUAAAAUAAAAUAUAAAAUAAUAAUAGCCGUGAUGAGUGGAACGUGUGUGUUACUCGGAUUCAUUAAUAACAUACCGGUAGUAUGUCGCUGUUGCGUCCUUGAGUGAGGAGGCAUCGAUCCGUUUUAAUAAAACGUCGUGUGCGACCAGUUGUUUUUUAUUAUUUCAUUUUGUGAAUUUUAUAAAAUUUAUUUUAAUAUUAUUUGAGGGAAAUUUUAUCAAGUGCUUGAGUUUAAAUUGAAGAGCAAUACGAUUGUUAGUUUUAUUUAACGUGUUUAAGGUGACAGUACUUGUACUGUGUGGUGUUGAACACAGUAAUAAUAAAUAUAUGAAUAAAUAAAUAAAUAAGUGCAAUAACAUACUCAAGGAUUAAAACACUCGCGUGUGUGAUGUCAACGGGAUUCGCUGAACACGACUCAGUUCGUACAUAUGCAUCCAAUGCACGGUACAAGCUGUUACGCCAUAGAGGAUGCCGCACGGGCUAGUGGAGUAUCGGAGGCGCGCGCUGUGUGUUCCAGUGAUGUCGGUGGCGCGGCACUUAGCACUGCUGGACCUGGACCAUGGCCGGCAAGCCUGAGCAGCCAAUCUCUCACCCUGCUCCCCAAAAUCACGUUCAUCAGCAGCAUUAUCAGCAUCAUUCGCUCCAUUUGCAGCAGCAGCAGCAACAACAACAACAUCUUCAGCAUCAGCAAGCCCGUCGAAAUCACCAGUCGAUUCAGCAACAGCACAUUAACCAUCACGAGGCUCAAGGCAUUCAGCACAACAGUGUGUUGGUUUAUGUUCCCGGGGAUAAUUUUGCCUACGCGACUGCUGUAGGACAUAAUGCCGCAUCUUCGGGUUAUCAACCCGCCCAGCAACAUCAUCACCAGCAACACCAGAACCCGUACUCCAAUGUGCUGCCUCAGGUGGCAACACAGGCAAUAUUUUCCGCCAAAACAAACUACAAUAUUGGAAACAGCGAGCUGGUAGACAGUGAGAUUGACCAGAAUGCUGACUGUUGUCUUGGAAAAUCAAUUGAGCUGAUAGCUUGCAAUGUUGUCGCUGAUCGUCAUCAACAACAUCAACAUCAACAACAGCUUAAGGACGAAGAGGAUUACAAUACAACGAUUUAUCGAAAUCCCCUGGUGGGCUUAACAAACGGUAGGGCGACUGGAUCGUCCAGUAACGUGGGUAAAAUAGAUCUUGGUACCCUGACUAACAGUAUCCCUGGGAGUAGUCUUGGCAGCGCGAUAAGUCCAGCGCAGAGUGAUGCGGACAGUUUAAGUGGAACCAGCGACUCGGGUGUUGUUGCAACUGCGACAGCGGCCACUAGGUCUGCGUUGCCGAGCAGCGGCGCGGCUCUUGUCAGUAACAGUGGAAGUGGUGAACACGAAAGUAACAAGACAUUCCCGGUGGCACACCAGUACGAAGUCACGUGCAAUACCACCGGUGUCUAUUCUUCCUCAUCUAUCACUCGUUUAACGGGGACGGAAAAUUAUCAGUCCACGAACGCCGGUAACGAGACCGGUAUUAGCGGCACUCUGGACGAAAAUUCUAGGCUAACUUACGUUAGGUCAAAUAGCAAUGCUGGUGGUGGUAGUACUGUGCCGAAUAUAUUUCUCGGUGGAAUUGAUGCUCAGCAGCAGCAACAGCAGCAACGGGAAUCGUGCAAGUCGGUUCGCGUAAAUCAAGACUUGUUGGACGUUAAUCGGACCUGUAUAAGUGGAAAUAGUGUCGGUGCCGGUAGUGCUGGUUGUGGGGGUGGUGAUGUUAUUGUUGUUACCUCGGACCCGGGUUGUGAAUCAGUGCGUUCAGAUACCGCGGAAUCUCUAUACAGUAGCAGCCUGAGCAGCCCCGACUGCCAGAGUUUGCAAUCUAACGAUUCGGUUAACAAUAGUAGUAAUAAUAGUGUCGGCAGUGUGCAGCAGGCUGCACAUUUGGUGUCAAAUCAACUUGUUAUUAAUAAUAAUAAUAACGCGCAACACAGCAGCAAUGUUGCGCUGACUAUGAACGGUAGUGUCGUGGCUCAGCAUCAACAAAAACAACAACAACAGCAGCAGCAGCAACAGGCGUCCAUCGCUGUACCUCGUGGAUGGAAGAGAAUAUGCACCAACGGGGUCAUCAUUUAUAUCAGUCCAAGCAGCACCGCGCUGGGCUCACUCGAUCAGCUCAAGGAGUACCUGACAACUGCGGGCACUUGUAAGUGCGGUCUCGAGUGCCCGCUUAGACCAGAACAAGUCUUCAAUUUCGAUCCCAAGGUAGUGACACGACCUUGGAGUCCGGAGCAGGGGAAGACACGGGAGAUGACAAAGCUGUGCAACCAUAAGAGGAAACUUUUGUUACCCGUUGCCGCGGCUAGUCCAGUUGCCUCUUGUACACCUGUCGUCUCAUCUUCAACUUUACCUGUGCCAGGACCGCCCGCAAUUAAUGCACGAGCUGACUCGCCAACUUCAUCAGACAAGUUGAAAAAAGAUGGCCUGAGUAAAAAGAAAAAACGUAAGCUCAAUAGUGUGGGAAACGUAUACUCAGGUGUUUCAGUAUCACAAUUAAUUGCACAACGUGAACGAGCUAUUGCAGUUGCAGGCGCUACUGGAGUCCAUGGUUUACCGUCACCUAAUGGCUCUCAGGUUUGGCCGAUGACUGGUCUACCAGUUCAGCAGAAUAAUCAACAGAUUGGCCAUCAAUUAAUUAAUUCCUCUUCACAAAAUAUUGACACUAAUAGUUGCGUUCUGAGGAACAACAAUACCAACAAUAAUAAUAAUAAUAAUAAUAAUAAUAAUAAUAAUAAUAAUAUACAGCAGAGACUAAAUUCCCACAAUAUGACGAGUAUGUUGAUGGGCAACCCGUUGAUCAUGAAUCAACAAACAAAUAAUUUUAACAACAUCAAUAAUAUGACACAACAGCAGCAACAGUUGAUGCUGCAACAGCAGCAGCAGCAGCAACAGCAGCAGCAACAACAGCAACAACAGCAGCAAUUAAUGCAGCAGCACAUGACACAGCAUCAUCAAAAUGUUCUUGCUAAUCAGUUGUCUCAUCAGCAGUCAUCGCACUACCAACUGAACCAGCUGAAUGAUCAGUCGGUACAGGUGAUGCAGCAACAACACAUCAAUCAGCAGCAGCAACAGCAGAUGCAUCUUCAGAUGCAAAAGCACACACAACAUCACAAUCAGGAUCAGCAAGUUAAUUUUAAUGCACAUCACGAUGGAUUUAUUCAUCACAUCCAGCCGCAAAACUCACAGAACCAGAUGCAUCAGCAAAUGCAUCCCCUGCAUCAACAUUCAAUGCAAUACCAGCAGCAGCAAACGAACCAGCAGCACAUGAUGCAGAAUCAGAUUGAGCAGUUUCACAUGCUUCAACAACAGCAGCAACAGCAACAACAACAGCAGCAGCAACAACAACAGCAGCAGCAACAACAACAGCAGCAACAUCAGCAACAGAUGUCUCAGGUUUGCCAGCAGCCGAUGCAAUUUAAUCAUCAGGGUAUGACGCAUCACUUGAAUGAUAUUGCGCAGCAGUCGAAUGGACAACUUAUUUCGCCAAUGAACACUUCCGAUGGCCAGCAACAGCAUCAAAGGCAUCGUACCCCGUCAAUAAGUGCUGAUGAUGAUAUGAAUGCCAAACAGUUGUCUCAGCAGCAGCAACAACAACAACAGCAACAGCAACAACAACAUCAGCAGCAGCAGUUGAUGAUGCAUAACCACAACGUGCGGCAUCACGUACAAAAUAGCAACAUGCAGAACAUAAAUCAUGACAGUAUGCAACGAAUGUAUCAGCACCAGAUACAAUUUACACGAAACUGUGAUCCCAAUAAAAUUACAAUCGAACAGCAGAAGCAACAGAGCGGACAUCAGCAACAACAGCAACAACAACACCAACAGCAGCAGCAGCAACAGUAUAUGCUGGUCAGUCAGGCGGGAAGGAGUCCCACAAAUAUUAACAGCAUCGACACUCAAUCAAUAGUCACUAAUGGAGCUAACGGACAGCCGGGCCAUCUUUUUAACCAAAGGAACCAGAUGUGGGGUCAACAAACCCGUACUAAUGUACCCUCGCAUCAGUCAUCACCCGCGGCGACUAUCCACAACAUAACGUGCAACAGUUUGGACCGCGUGCCGCCGCUCCACCACCACAUUCCUCCCGCGACCGCCUGGAAUGACGAAGUCGCACGGAAAAAAGCAAAGCCCAGCAAGUCCCUGGCUAAAAAGCAACGUCAUCAUAUGGCCGAAAUCAGGAGCAUCGAGCAGCCCAGUCCUGGAUCCGAAGAUGACUUCAGUGAUAAAUCACAGCCUAAUCAAAUUGGAUCUACGGUUAAUAAUAACAUUAACAAUAAUAAUAAUAAUAAUAAUAAUAAUAGUAAUACUAGUAGUAAUAAUAGCAUCAACAAUAACAGUAGUCCUAGUUUUCUUGAUGAUCCCAGUGGAUAUCUUGCCCAACAAACGGCUUUACUAAAUAGUACAAUAUCAAGACAAACAGGUGUUAGUAGUAGUCAAAUAAUGAUUAAUAAUAUUAAUAAUAUUAAUAAUAAUAAUAAUAAUAAUAAAAUGCCAUCUCAACAAGUUCACGGAAACAAUAGUAGUUAUAUUAUACAUCAAAAGCCCUCGUCGGCGACAAGUCCAACAAGCUCAUCGAUUUGUAACACGGGUAAAAAUCACGCAACUUCGCCGGUUGUAGUGCACAGCAGCAUGACGCCCACGUCGAUGGGCAACGCUAACGAUUCAGACACUGGGUCAUGUCAUGGAUGUGUGACAAGUGCAGAUACUCAGCCUUACAUGACCGAUCAGUUCAAGCACCAGCAAAUUCACCGGCAGUACGUCAUGCACUCGGAUCAGCGUGAUGAUCCGGUGACGUCGUCUACAUACGGGGACAGAUUCGCGGCGAACCAACAAAUGGACUCGUGGCCAAUACAAGGUGGGACUAUCAGCACAAGUCACGGAUCACCAGUCAGCAUCAACAGUCCGGCGAACUCAGAAACUCCGGUGUCGUCGUUGUCACAACCAGCGACACCGCAGAGUCUUAUUUCGUCACAGCCGUCGACACCGCAUAGUUACUCCCAGCCACCUACGCCUCACUCCCACUCUCAGGUCCCGCCACCGCAGUCACUAACACCCGGUCAGCAGCCUUCGCAAUCAUCUAUUACAAUAAAUAACACAAGUGCUAAUAAUAGCAAUAACAUAAAUCAAGAUCAAAGUCAAGCAUCAAGUCUGUCAAUGACAACAGCAUCAAGUACGAUAUCACCGAGUUCAUCGCCUUCUCAGGCGUCUAUUUUAGGAGGAGGGUCUACUGCUGAAAGCGCAUCACACUCGAUCAGUCACAAGUCAGCCUCGCAAACGAGACAAUCGACGACACCCGAAGGUUACGCGCCCCAUCCACACACGAUAAAUUCAAUUCAACGGAUUUCUAUGAUCCCCUACAGUGGAAACCCGACUGUAAUCACUACUAUGGCAAGUGGGCAUACCUUUAGCUCAAAUACAAUAACUUCCGUGCUUGCGGGUAGAGCUAAUACAGCUACAGUGUCCAUCAACACGCCUUCUGGGAUUCAUAACUCCGUGAUACCAAAUAUUUUGUCCAGCAAAUCCCACAGUAACACGUUAUCAACACCGACAGCGAGCAUUGUAGUCUCGUCGGCGCAUCAUUCGAACAUGACCCCAAUAAUUCACAGUCAGUCUCAAACUAUGGUGUCUAAGUCGCCACUGGAAAUGGUCCAGAGUGUCGUGAGUAGUAUCCAAGUUCCUCAUGCUGUGAGUACUGGAUCUUCGUUGCCACAUAAUCAUCAAGAACAGUCGAACGUUCAAGUGCACAAUGUCAUUGCUUCUGGUGGAGUGCUGAAACACUCGAGCGGUUCAACUCUACCGCCGGGUCAUAUAUUUGUGUCGAGCGGUGGACAAUUGAUAAUGGCCAGCACGGGUUCUGGUAUAAGCGGCGUAAUGGCACCACCUCCGCCAAAAAUAAUUUCAAAUGGCAGUUCUAUGCCACCUCUCUCAGUCUCACCAAUGGUAACUAGUGUGACUGGGGCUGUAAGUCAAGUCAUACCGGCCGUUGGAGUAGCGCAACAAGUUAUCGGACAGCCCACUGUGCUGGUCAAUACUAUUCAAACUCCCGUACUAAUACAACCCGGUGUAAUGACUAUGGACAGCAUUCACGGGCAAAAUGUACAGAUUCCUCAUUUAACUGUAGCUACUGGCAACGUUUUACAAAACGCCCAAUCAAUACUUGAAGCUAAUCAAGAUGUCACCCGCGCUGUUACUAACAACCAGAAUAUCGUUAACCGACAGGCGAAUCUCCUGAGUCCUGAGUCAACUAUCACCAAGAAAAAAGUCUACAAGAAGCGCAAAAAUAAUUCACAGACUGUUGCCUCAAUGCUUCAUAUCGCUUCGUCCCAGCAAAACACCGGAAUGCUGAUGCAGAGUCAGUCCAACUUUGCUCAGCAGAACUUCCAGACUCAGAGCAUCGGCGGACCGAUGUUACAGGCAUUGACAAUAGUACCUGGCAAAGGCGGCGCGCCAGCCCAAUUGGUUAUGAAUGGACAAACAGGUGCCACUUCCGCGCAAUUCAAUACCCAGCAGAUAAUAACUAAUCCCCAGCCAACACAACAGAUCAAUCUACUGCAGCCCGUUAAUUUAUUGAACGGUGCUACAGGUAUGGUACAGAAUUUCCCGACUAUCCAGCAAUUUAUUGUACCUGGUCUUGGCAGUAUGGUGAUGUCCGCUGACGGUACCGCGACUUUACUCCAAGAUACAGGGAAUCUGGGCAUGCAGUUGCAGAUUCAAAACGUAAAUGGACAAAACGUUCUGACGCCCAUUCAAAGUCACAGUGGAAUUUUUAGUCCCAGUCAAAGUAUCCUUGCCGCAGGUCCUGCAGGGAUGGUAAUUCGCGCGCCUCAAGCUGCGGGUGGUAAACUAAUCCAACAGCACAGUCCCGGGACGCAGUUUCUAUCAUCAAACAGCGGACAGUUCUUAGUAAAUGGAACGACGUCUUUUAGCAACCAACUGAGUCCGAUAGUCGCUAAUGUGAGUCCUAAUCAGCAGAUGACAUUCAAUACGUCGCAGGUGAGGCCGUCGAAUAUUCAAGGCCAGCAGGAGUUUAUACAAAUGAACGGACAGACGCUAAUGGUACCAUGUGGGACGGCCCAAAAUAUCGCCGUCUCGUCGGCUUCGAAUCAGCAGAACACGACAUUUGUACAGCAGAACACGACAAUCGUUCAACAACAGACAACCAUGGUCUCCAAUAACCAGAUUCCGGACUUUCAGUCGGUCGCGACCAGCAACGGGAAUGUCGAUCAGUCGUUGAAUCUUGACCACAACCAGUAUAUACUGAGCGCGGGAAUGAUACAAGGUAAAUCGCCGUCUUCGCCAAAGAGUACGAUAAGCUCACCGUCCUCCGAGCAGAGUGUUGAGCAAAUCCAGCAGCAGCAAUUCAGUCUGACUAGUACAAGUGGUAAUAAAAAUAACAAUAAUAAUAGUAGCAGUGGUAGUGUUGGUAUUAUUAUUGAUCAGAAUGGCCAGCAAGCUGAUCAGCUGAGUCCAUCGAUGGUCAGGCAUUCAGUAUCCACUCAGACGGCUGGCAAUCAGGCUAACAAUGCUCAAUCAGCUAUCAUGAGACAGGGAUCUCCGCCUGAUACUACCACACACAGUCCAGGUAAUAGCCAACGGUCUAACAGUCCAGCUGUUGAUACCACCUCCCACGGAGCGGCUUCUCCUGCGCCACCUAUCUCUGCGCGACAUCAUUCAUCAACGCCAAUGGUUCACUGUAUCUCAAGCAGCGAACCAGACUCGGGCGACAUCCAGAAUCCAAAUGACGACUGGCGAAUCCAAGGAAUAACGACUAAAGAACUGGCCAUGAGUCAGGUCGGUCUGCAGCACGGGAAGACCUACGUCGAGUCAACAGUAACGACUGGGAUCCAGGUUGGUAAUCACCGCGUAUCACCGGUCACUCAUCGCUUAACUGUAGACAUGCACCAGCCAGCAGAUACGACACACCCCGAAAAAACUUACGUUGACUCACAGGAGAACAUGGACACCUCAUCACCAAACCACUCCACCGAUACUACAACAGUUACUACUAAAACACCAACAACAACAGCGAAUAAUAAUAAUCACUCGCUUAUUAACAACUCCGGGCAUUAUCACUCCGCUAAUUAUCACCCACAUAAUUAUAUUGUUCCCCCUGAUAAUGAUAAUGUAUACCGACAACAGCAACAGCAGGUAUUGGUUCCAGACCACGCAGACUAUACGCUUUUACCGGGUGGAAAUAAAUUGACGCGGGAAAUUCAAGAAACUUCAGCUCCUCGUUCGCUAAAUUCAUUAGCUGAGGGUGAAACAAUUGUUAUGGAAGUUGAGGGUCCGCGUGAACUUACUCUCGAGCUUAAUCCUCAGUCUUACAAAUCUAGAAAUGAUACCAGACACCAGCAGCUUCACCACCAGCAUCAUCACCAGUUCCAGCAGCGGCAUCACCACCACCAGCAACAGUUACAGCAUCAGCAGCAAAACUUGCUGGAGCAGAGACAGUUAGGGAACAUGAAUAGUAUGAGCCGUAAUGCAGUAGUUAGCAAUGGGGAGACGUAUUUAUUGCCGGCAACUGUUACCAGUCAGAAAGUUAUCAACUUUAACAAUGUCGAGGGAGUUCCUCCGAGUUCGAGCACCCCAGGUCUUUAUCGUCACUUGUACGACAUAAAUUACCGGUCUGAUCCCAAUGCCAUUGCUGUUGUAGACUAUCAUCAUCAUUAUCAUCACCACAAUCCUAAUCCUAAUAGUAAAACGUUGUUUGUUGUUGGUAAUAAUAAUCAAUACAAUUAUGAUGAUCUGUCUGAGGACGAUAGUGAUGACUCGUCUGAUGACGAGUAAUAUCAACGUGAUAUUUAAUAAAUAUAUAUAUAUAUAUUGUUAUAUAUAUAUUUAUAUAAAAUAUUAUUAUUUACCGUACUAAUUUUUUUUUGUAUAAAUUUCUCAUACGUUAAUAUUUUUUAGAGAAAUUUUAAAAAAUUGUUUGUACUUUUUUUUAUAUUAUUUUUUGUCAUCAAUAAUUGAGACAUAACUUUUUUUAUACUUUUAGUAGCGAUUAAGUUUGUAAUUAUUUAACAUUUAAAUGUUUAUUUAAAAUAAGUUUUUUUUCAUUUGAUUUAAUUUGUAGGAGGAAAAAAAAAAUGUACUCUGUAAUUUAGACCAGUGACGGGGAAUUUAAAAAAUGACUCAUCUAUUGAUAUUAUUAUUAUUAAUUAAAAAAUUAAUAGCUAUUAAUUAUUAUUAUGAAUAAAUGAAUUAAUAAAUAAAAAUACAUGCUCAAAAAAUAUAUAAUUA